AUGAAGUUCGUGAUCUUGGCUUUGUGUGUUGCUGGUGCCUACGGGUGCGGCCUUCCCACCUACCCCCCCAUCCUCAACAGAGUCGUUGGUGGAGAUCAAGCCCGUUGGCACAGUUGGCCCUGGCAGGUGUCUCUGCAGUACCAGAGUGGCAGCUACUUCUACCACACAUGUGGUGCCACUCUGAUCUCCAGUCAGUGGGUCCUGACUGCUGCUCACUGCAUCGGCAGUCGCACCUACAGGGCCUACCUGGGAAAACACAAUAUUAAGCUUAGCAGCGAGUCUGGGUCCAUCGCCAUCAGCCCUGAGAGAAUCAUCGUCCACGAGGACUGGGACUCUGUCAAAAUCCAAAACGACAUUGCCCUGAUCAAGCUGUCAACUCCCGUGGAAUUCUCUGACACAAUCAUGCCCGCCUGUCUUCCCAAUUCUGGUGAAAUCCUGCCUCAUGACAGUCCCUGCUACGUCACCGGCUGGGGACGUCUCUGGACUGGAGGUCCUCUUUCCAACACCCUGCAGCAGGCCCUCCUCCCCGUGGUGGACCACUCCACCUGCUCUAGGCCUGACUGGUGGGCAAAUCUGGUCACCAACAACAUGAUCUGUGCUGGAGGAGAUGGACUCCUGGGUAGCUGCAAUGGAGACUCUGGCGGUCCCCUGAACUGUCAGAACCCUGAUGGUUCCUGGGAUGUCCACGGAGUGGUGAGCUUUGGCUCCAGCUUGGGCUGCAACUACAAGAAGAUGCCCUCUGUCUUCACCAGAGUCAGCGCCUACAUCUCCUGGAUCAACAAUGUGAUGACAAAAUACUAAGAUGUGGAUUGUUCUUUGGUGUAUAUAGCUGGUGGCUGCACCGUAAAAUAAAGAAUGGAGCGCUUAAUAAAA